CCCCCUCCAAUUUCAAUCAACCAAAAACACGGUGAUCAUCUGAAUAUGGGUACGGAAUGUGUCAAUAUCCAAAGGAACACAUUAAAUCCAGGAAAGGCAAUUUUGUUUAGCUUUGGUGUUUCCUUGAGAUAAAGUGGGUGAUGAUAGCAUGAUGGGAACAUAGAAAAUAUUAAGGUAACGUUAGUGCAAUGACAGCUACGUAUUUUGAACUAGAAAGAGUAAACACUGCAGGCCUGAUUCUCAACAUAUGCCGGUGUAAAUCAGAAGUAAAAUCCACUGAAGUCAGACCCCCCAAAUUCAUAGGAAGGACACUCCUAGUUUUAACUAUAGUAGAAAUCCUUUUUCUAUUUAGUGAAACUCCAUUUAAGUGUGUCAGACAUGUCAAAGUUACAUUUUGCCCUAGGCCAGGGCUUGCUACUUCAUGUCCAUUCCUGACUCUGUCAAUCAUUAUCCAACCAGUGUAUCAGGGGUGGAGCUGAAAGGCAAUAAAAAUAAGAGGUGAGAAGGGGAAGUGUUCUAGUAUUUAUACCGGUACCUGAAGCGAUUCACAUAAACCAGUCUUACAUUUUGCAAUAUUUCUUUCUUAUUUCAGGAUCCUAAACCAAUUCCCCUUUCCCUGCCCCACCCCCUCAGCCAGUUCAUAUAAAACUCACUCUGCCUUUAGCAACACCUUGCUAGGCUGUUGUCUGUUAGUGCAUGAGUGUCUGCCUUCUCUCUAGGAGAAUGGACACUUACAUCUCUAUAGCUGACCCUUCUGUCUUGCUCUGCUUGGGUAUGACUGCAGCAUUUGGAAUAAUCACCUUUUACAAAGCCAAGAAGAACCAGGUGGAGAAAAGGUGUAUAUCUGCCUGUGGUCUCCUCCUGCUGCUUUUAUUGGAAAUACUCUGUUUUGCCAUGCUGAAAAGUUACAUAGGCUUAAUCCUGUUCUCUAUGGCAUGUCUCAUCUGUUACAUUUACUUAUCAGUUCAAACAAUGUUACCUGUGGACAACAAAGCUGUAUUGAUCACAGGAAGUGAUUCCGGGAUUGGACAUGAAUUGGCGAAGUACCUUGAUAAUUUAGGAUUUGUUGUAUUUGCUGGUGUCUUAAAUAAAAAAGGACCUGGGGCUGAAGAAUUAAAAAGAAGCUGUUCCCAGAGACUGUGUGUCCUACAGCUGGAUAUAACCAGUUCUGCACAAAUUAAGGAAGCCUAUCUUAAAAUUUCAGAGAUGGUGCAAAAUACAGGGUUAUGGGGUGUCAUCAACAACGCUGGAAUCCUGGGGUUUCCUGCAGAUGGUGAGCUGCUGCCCAUGAGUGUUUACAAGCAGUGUAUGGAUGUGAAUUUCUUUGGGCAUGUUGAGGUGACCAAAAUGUUCUUACCAUUACUUCGGAAAUCCAAAGGAAGGCUAAUUAAUAUCUCUAGUAUGGCAGGAGGCAUUCCGAUGGCAAGGUUUGCCGCAUAUGGUGCAUCAAAAGCAGCUCUGUCCAUGUUUUCUGGAGUAAUGAGGCAGGAGCUUGCCAAAUGGGGAAUUAAAGUUGCUGCAGUUCAUCCAGCCGGCUUCAGAACGUGCAUACAAGGUACAUCUGAGUUGUGGGCUAAGCAAGAAAAGCAUCUUCUGGAGAAUCUCACACCAGACGUGAAGAAAGAUUAUGGUGAAGACUACAUUGAAGCACUCAAAAAAUUCCUCCUGAUCAUGCCAGUUCAUUGUGAUCCUGACCUCUCUCCAGUACUAGAUGAUGUUCUCCAUGCUUUAUUGGCAAAGAGUCCACAUGGUUUAUACACUCCAGGCAAAAGUGCUUACCUAGCUCUUUGUACCUUUUGCUAUUUUCCUCUCUGGCUUUACGAUUUGUAUAUUGGUAAGAUGCAAAGUAACAAAAGUGUACCCAGCGCUUUAAGGGCAUCAGAGGCCAAAAACAAGAACACGUAGGCAGAGUGUGGAAUUCUGUCAGCAUUUUAAAUUACACCAGGAGAACAGGGAAAGGUUUUGUGUGAAGACACUGUUUGCUACAUUGCAAUUUAUUGGGGCCCUUUGCUCGUCAAAUUGCAUUCCAGCUGCUGGGCAAUUGGGGCUGAGGUUAAUCUUGAAGCUUUGUGUAUUUUAGGUCUUGUCUACACUAUGGGGGGAGAUUGAUCUAAAUUAUGCAACUUCAGCUAUGUGAAUAACGUAGCUGAAGUUGACGUUCUUAGAUCUACUUACUGCGGGGUCCACACUAUGCAAUGUCGACUGCACUUGCUGAGGACUAGCUUCUUGGCAAGUUUUAAAAAUAACUUCAUUUUAUUUGAGUGCCAAAGAAAGUUAUUUUGUUUAAGUACUUGGGGAUCAAAUGCUUCUCAUAUAUGGGAUAACUCAAUCAUGGUCAAAUUAAGUUUUACUUUAAAACAUCUCUCUUUGGGUUCAGAACAUGUAUGAAAAAGUUUUCGGGGCCUAAAAAUUAAAGUGGAAAUGUUGUUUCCCCAUCAGGACUUAAAAACACCUUCAACAUUUGUACGUGUUCACCGGCAAGUGAGAUUUUUGAUUUUCAAAAGACUCUGUGUCUGUGUGACGCUGAUUUUCAGUGAACAACGCCAAGUAAUGAAGCAAGAAUAACAACUUUUGGAGCCAAGGCUGUUUUUAGCAGGCCCAUAAGUGCUUCCUUGAUGCAUUGAUUUUCAAAAGACAAUAAAUGACCUGAGAGUGUAAGUCCUACUGAAAGUCCAACAUGUGACCAAGGGCCAGAUUUUUAAAGGUAUUUAGGUGCCUGGUCAGAUUGUCAAAAGCAUCUCAGCGCGCAACACUCAAUUAAAUCAAUGAGUUUUAGGCAACUAGAUAUUUUGAAAAAAAAACCUAGGCACCUAAAUACCUUUUAAAAAACCUGCUGCUACCUCACGUAGAAGCACAAGUCCUGUUGAAAAUCAAACAUGUGCCUGUUAUUCAUGGGAAAAAAUCAAUUGGCUUUUUGCUCCUAAAUUAUUUGAUUACCUAACACACCUAGGAACAGUAGCACAUAAAUCAGUUAGGCUCUUUCAAAACUCCCAUGCACCAAUGAUAAGUAGCUUCCAGCCUAUCACAUAAGCCUUCUAAACACAACCCUACUUACAAUAGUUUUUAACUCUUGCCCUGUUACUUGACUUUAUUCAUACACACAUUUAAUCUCAGGUUUGCACUUGUGAUACAUGGCAUUAUUUAUUUGCAUAGCAUGGGUGGUGUGCUAGCUGUUUUACAGACAGGCCUAAGGAUUUUAUUUCCCCCUGAAGGACCAAAAAUAGCUGGGUGGGAUAGAUGGCCCUUGGAGCGGAUUUUCGUGUUGUGUAGUGAAGCAAACUGGACAGGGUUAUACUUGACAUUGUUGAUUAAACACAUGGCUCUGGAGCUGCCUGUACCAUCAACAGCCCAUUCUCAUAAAGUAAAGUAAAAAAAUGACAGACUGGGGGAAACGGUGGGAGAGGGGGAGGGAGGAAUACUACAACCCAGACCUCUCUUCUUGCCUACCUAAUCUCAUUGUUAAUGUGGUGACAAACGCCAAGCAAAGGAAGCAGCUGAUACCUAAAGGGAUCAUGGUUUGAUCCACUGAUCAAACAUAUGGUUUGAUCUAUUGAAGCCAACAUGAAGAGGUCAAUUGAUCUCAGUGGACUUUGGAUUAGGCUCAUUUCUGUCACAACAAAUACAUAGCGCAGUCGGUGCUUGUUUUAGAAAUCUGUCUUCUUCCCAGACACUUGGGUCAGAAAGAUAUGAAGUCAGCCCGAUUUCUCUUACAGGUCCCUGCUUUGCAACUGAUUGGUAAUCACUGAACUUCCAAAUUUGGGUUUACUCUGUCAUUAGAGCUGUUUCCAACAUACUCUCUAUGUAGCUGGUUUUUUAAACAACCAUUUCCACCCUUAAGAUGAUCAUUUUGGUUGUGUAAGUUACAACACCCUUGCUUGAGUAUUCAGCCACGGACAAGGCCUAACAGCCAAACUUUGUGCAGCUCUAAGUGAUGGACAAACAAAUGAGUAACUGAUUAAUCAUAUAAUGCCAGUAAAAGAGAAAUGAGAAUUAGAAUUACCAAGUGCCAUAGGAAGAUUCUUGAACAGACAGCCUUCAACUGGCUCACGCCACCAUGUCCUCACCUUUGUGGAGCGAACAACAACAGCGAAUAGUCACACAAUUCAUUUACACACAAUUAUCACUAGCAGAAUCAAUCUCUACUGGCAUGAGAUAUCCACAUUACCUGGAGCUGACAUUUUUCUGGUCACUCGUGCAUGGGAGCUUGCAAAUAACUUCAGGGCACAGUUUGAUAAAAAGCCAACCUACGCUGUGAAUAUCUAUAAACGUCUCAAUAUUCUUCAGAGCAAUAUGAUUGACACCGGUGCAAAAUGUGACAGCUGCUAGGACUAGUAUGUUGACCAUGCUGUGACUCACAAAAGGGAGCUCUGUGAUUAAAUUGUGGCUAGGCAAAAACAGCUAGAAUAUAAGACAGGAAACCAAUACAGGGAGCUUGACUCUCCCAAUUGCAAGAUUGGUUGGAGGAAAAAUAUGUAAAAGACCCAAAAUGUAAGUAAUAACAUACCAUACUAUGAUUUUUGACUUUCCAGGGAAGUCUAUCAUAGCUACACCAAACCCUAUGGGUGAAAUCCUGCCGCCAUUGAAUUCACAGGCUCCCAUUGAUUUCAAUAGCAUCAUGAUUUCACCCAGGGUCUAUGUAUAGAGAAACUCAUCUGGCUGUCUGCCCUCUACUUGUUUACAAAUGGUUUAUUACACUAAUUUCCAAUGAUUAGGAUAACAAUCGUCUGUUAACACUCCUACCUUACUGCCUGUUCACAUCCUUAAGCUAUAUAUAUGUAAUUACACUCUGUGGAUGCAACUGUUUACUCAGUUGGGUAGUGUCCUGAAACCAUUCAUUUGAAACACCUGACUAAUUACUGAAAUAAAAUCCUUCUAAGACUCCUGGGAAACCUGCAGCCCUAAAGA